AUGCGUUUCCACAUGAACGGCAGCAGCGACGAGAGUGAUAUUGUUACUGCGACAGCCAGUGCUGAGCACAUUCGCAAGUUUGUAUUUGGAGGCGGCACCGAUGCAGCCGCUGAUCGCUUGGAAAUCAAAAUACCUGAAAUUCUACAGGGUACUUACUCAUUCUAUACCUGGCCUUGUGCUCCGAUUCUCGCCCAUUUUUUGUGGGAGCGACGGCAAACUCUUGUCUGCAAGCGAAUUCUCGAACUGGGCGCUGGAACUGCGCUACCCGGUAUAGUUGCCGCCAAGUGCGGAGCCCAAGUGGUGCUCAGUGACAAUUGCAUUCUACCCAAAUCCUUAGCACAUAUACAAAAGUCCUGCCUGGCCAAUCAGUUGCAACCAGGUGUGGACAUCGAUGUCGUCGGCCUCAGUUGGGGGCUGUUACUGAACAGCGUGUUUCGGCUGCCUGUUUUGGACUUGAUCAUAGCUGCCGAUUGCUUCUAUGAUCCCAGCGUUUUCGAGGACAUAAUUGUUACGGUGGCGUUCCUGUUGGAACGAAAUCGUGGUGCUAAAUUCAUAUUCACCUAUCAAGAAAGAAGCGCUGAUUGGUGCAUUGAGGCGCUGCUUAAAAAAUGGAAACUACAUGCGUCGAGCAUCAAUAUGGAUGAGAUUGGAAAACAGUCCGGAGUUGAUUUGCUUGAAUUUAUGGGUGGACAUACAAUACAUCUGCUGGAAAUAACGCUAAGUGAUCCGCAGUAAUAAAGAAGUAAAACCAGAAAAUGA